AUGGAGACUUUGGGUUCUGAUUCAUCGCCGAGCACCCGCCAAACGGUCGUGCGACCCGUUGUGAGCAAAGUCAAGGACUUGAAGGAGGAAAUUGAUACUAAUGGAGAACUUUUAGAUUUACCACUCCCCGAAAAUGCCCCAACUUUGUCUCCUGGGCCAUCAGCGUCGGCGUUGACCCCUGUGGAUGGACCGUCCUUAGGUGUCACCAAUUCAGUGAAUAAAUCCAACUCCUGGACCUCCCUACAUGACGUCGCGAAAGACCUAUUCCUUCGGUUUGACUCGUCAGGGAACAUCGAUGAUCUUGACCGAGCCAUAUCUUCCCUCGAGAAGGCCAUUUCACUUCUACCUGAGGAACACAACCAGAGGCCUGUACUUCUCAAUCAUCUUGGUACAUCCCUGCGACGACGUUUCGAGCACGAUGAUGAUCGCACUUACAUUGAUCGUGCUAUUGAUGUCCUCUCUCGAGCUACCAACCUCGCAGACCAUAGUAAUUCCGAUAGAGCCGAGUUUCUUAAUGACCUCGGAAACUGCUUUCGUAGCCGCUUCGAGAAUUUUGAAGACCUCCCUGACAUUGACAGCGCGAUUUCCAGUCUUCAGGAGGCCAUCUCACUUGCUCCCGAUGACCACGAGGGAAAGCCCAGGUAUCUGACCAAUAUGGGUACCUCGUUCAUGUGUCGAUUCGAAGUCCAAGGACUCAAGGUGGACAUUGACAAUGCAAUUUCUGCUCAUCAGCAGGCGGUGGCGCUCACUGCUGACGGUCACGAUAAUAAAUCCGCUCUCUUCAAUAACCUCGGAACUGCAUAUUUGCGCCGAUUCGAGAGCGAGGGCGAUCUUGCGGACAUUGACCAUGCUAUCGCACUGCAGGAGAAUUCCGUGGCAGCUAUACCUGAUAGCCAUGCUUACAAGGCCGGGCGCCUCAAUAACCUAGGAACCUCCGUGUUCGUGAGAUUUGAGCGGACUGGUGAUCUCAAUGAUAUACACCGGGCUAUUGAUGUCCAGAAGCAGAGCAUCGCAUUGACAGGCAAUGGAGACGCUAAGAAGCCCGGUCGACUCAGUAAUCUUGGGAACUCGCUCCUUGCACGAUUCGAGCGUCUUGGAGAUCUGGAUGACCUUUCUAGAGCAACCUCCACGCUCGAGGAAGCUGUAUCACUCACGCCCAACAGCCAUCCUAGAAAAGCCGGGUACCUCAAUAAUCUGGCCAACUGUUUCCAGACUCGAUCCGAAAGAAUGGGCGAAAUCGCCGAUAUUGACCAUGCUAUCUCAUUGCUUGAACAAGCUGCCGCUCUGAAUACAGGCGGCAAGACAGUGAAGGCAUCACGUCUCCAUAACCUCGCAGCGUGCAUUAUGUCUCGUUUCGAAUGCCUCCAAGAUGUUGCGGAUAUUGAUCGUGCUCUUUCCCUCCGACAACAAAUACUUACACUCGCGUCGGACAGACAUCCUGACAAAGCUGCAUACCUGGAGUCAGUUGGCACCUGCUUCCUUUCGCGUUAUGAGCGUUUAGGACACCUUGCCGAUGCCACUCGCGCUAUUGAAUUCCAGAAUAAAGCCAUCAAACUUCUCCCUGACGAUCAUGCAGACAAGGCGCAGUUUCUCUCCAAUCAGUCCAUUUCCUUCAUCCACCGAUACAACAGUACGAAGGAUAUCGCCUACCUCGACCGUGCUAUUGUUGCGAGAGAACAGGCUGUCGAACUGACGCAAGGUGACAGCACAGGGAAAGCCAGCUAUCUCAGUAGCCUUGGACGUUCUUACACUGUUCGGUUCAAUCAUUCGCAUAAUCCUGACGACAUUGGACAUUCUAUCUCACUGCAGGAGCAAGCAGUUGCACUCCUGUCAGAUAAUCAUUCAGAAAUGGCACCGUGCCUUAGCACCCUUGGAACAUCGUACCUCACUCGCUUUCAGAAGUAUGCAGAUGGAGCUGAUGCUGAUCGAGCUAUUUCUGCACACGAACGAGCUGUCGCACUGACGCCCGACAGACAUGCAACAAAACCUCGGUAUCUUCGUAACCUCGCACGAGUGUACCACGAACGCUUUCAGUUAUCGGGGGGCGAUGCAGAUGCCGAACUAGCUAUAUCAAACUACCGUUUAUCAGCAUGCUGGGAGAUAGGGCUACCGUCUACCCAGUUAGACCUUCAACGGAAUUCGCGAGGCGGUCAAGAAGCGGCGGCGGCGGCGGCAAUAUCGUUCAAGGAAUAUGGCCUCGCGGUCGAGUGCUUGGAGCAAGGCCGGUCCAUCAUAUGGGGUCAGAUAUUACAUCUCCGCACAUCAGUGGGUGACCUCCAAGCAGCACACCCAGACCUUGCGAAGCAGCUCGAGCUUGUGUCACAACAGCUGGAACACGCCGGUACAGCACGCAGCGUGCGUGCACGACGCCACACAAAGACUCCAGCGGGGCUAACCUGGGAGAACGAAGCACACGCACACCAUCUCCUCGCGGACAGAUACGCACAAUUAGUAGCCAAAGCUCGAAGUAUUUCUGGCUUCGAAAGGUUCCUCCUGCCGAAAACGCUUUCUGAGUUACUACCUGUCACUAAAAACGGAGCUGUGGUCCUCUUGAAUGCUCACAAAUCGCGCUGCGAUGCGCUUGUCCUUGGACACGGUGCAUCCUCAAUUAUCCAUGUGCCGCUCUCCGCUUUGGACUACGAAAAGGCAGAGAAUCUGAGAAAGGCCUUGAUGCAAAUACUGCGGGAUGCAGGCGUGAGUGCCCGUGGUUUGGUACGACACGGUCCCACCAUGGCUCGUCAAAUGCCUCGUUUACUGGGAACCUUGUGGUCGACGGUUGUAGAACCUAUACUACAAAGCCUAGGUUACAUGACCGCCGUACAAGACCAUUCGCCUCCGCACGUUACCUGGUGCGCUACAGGUCCGCUAGCGUUUCUUCCUCUCCACGCUGCUGGGAGAUACGAGGGAAAGAGUCAUCAAAGGGUCUUUGAUCAUGUCAUUUCAUCGUACACUCCGACUUUGACCGCCUUGCUCGAAGCGUCGAAGAGGAAAACUCAACCGUUCCGCGGGCUGCUCGCCGUAUCACAGCCUGCGACACCAGGUCAAUCGCGCCUACCAGGAACCGUGCAGGAAGUUCAAGCCAUCAAGGAACACUUCGAUAAUCUCAGCUUUCGCUGGUUGAACGACAGCGAGGCCACGGUGGAUGCCGUACUCGAGGGCAUGGAAAAGUCUAGCUGGUGCCAUCUAGCAUGCCAUGGCGUUCAGCAUCCUGAGGAUCCGACCAACAGCGCCUUUUUAUUGCAAGACGGGCGACUCGAGUUAACGACAAUCAUGGCCAAAUCGUUUCAAUUUGCGGAAAUGGCGUUUUUGUCCGCCUGCCAAACAGCAACGGGUGACGAUCAGCGUCCAGAAGAGGCGAUCCAUCUUGCCGCAGGGAUGCUCAUGGCGGGCUAUCGAAGCGUCUUUGCAACGAUGUGGUCGAUUGGAGACAAGGAGGGACACUUUGUCGCGGAUAAAGUCUACUCACAUCUUAUGAGAGACCAGGGGCACGUUGGCGAAGACAGAACGGCGGCGAAAGCGUUGCAUCUCGCGGUGGCAUCUUUGCGCAACGAAAAUGGGGAGAAGGACUUCGUGAAGUGGAUUCCUUUUAUACACAUGGGGGUCUGA